AAGCAAUCCAAUUCCAUGCCAGAAGCCCCGACAAACGUCGGCGAGGCAGAUCGGCAGCCCCUGGUGGAAGGGGAACCGUGCGAUACCAACGGGGCAUGCAAGUCGAGAUGCUGCUCUGGACUGCACAAUGUAUGCCUAGCCAACAGCACACUCGGUGCCAACGCUACGUCGUCCCCCGAGUCGUGUUUAGUCGACUCGACCACCCUGCCCCCAACCACGACCAAGACUUUCCACACAUUGGCGCAAGACCUACCUCGAAAUGCCACGUUCUACAUCGGUGUCGGCGUCGGUGUGGUCGUCGGCAUCGCAAUCCUCGUGUUGUUCGUGUGGCGUACUUCCAGGCCAGACCCGAUCGAAAAGUACGUCGACAUGUCCACUACAGACGUGGUCACGAUGAACGGCAGCGAUCGCCCGCGCACACGACACGCUAAACCACCAGUUGCCGCUGCUGCCUUGGUGUUGUCGGACGCAGACAAAGCCUGCCUCGAAGCGUUUCGUUUAGACGGCUCCAAACUCGAACUCGAUUUACAUUUGGCCACGGGAGGGUACGGCACAGUAUGGCGCGGCACAUAUAACGGCGACGUUGUGGCAGUGAAGAUGCUAUUUGAAGAUCGAAAGUCCGCUGCGGGGGUGUCUAAAUUCAUCGCCGAAGUCGGACUUAUGGCUAAGCUGGGUAGCCCAUACAUUGUGUCGUUCAUUGGGGCGACGUGGACGACACUCGAGGCGCUGGCUCUGGUGGUCGAGUACAUGAACUUGGGCGAUCUGAGCGACUUUCUCAGGCAGCACACUCCGGGCGAGUUUGCAUGGCCUGCCAAGCGGCAAUGUGCCAUGGACGUGCUCCAAGGACUGAUAUAUUUACACGAUCAAAAGAUCAUACACAGAGAUAUCAAGUCGCGCAAUGUACUGCUGGACACUGCGAAACCUUCCAAGUUGUCGGAUUUUGGAGUGUCGAGAGAAGUCAGCUCUAAAACCAUGUCGCAGGAAGUUGGCACAUAUUUAUGGACUGCGCCCGAGAUUCUGCGCGGGGACCGGUAUACCGUCGCGGCGGAUGUGUAUAGUUUUGGCGUGUUGCUAGGCGAAUUCGACUCACACCAGCCCCCGUACCACGGUGUGACUACAACCGACGGCGGCCCCAUGUUGGGCGUGUCUAUCAUGAUGAAAGUAAUGCAAAACCAGCUCCAAGUGCAAGUCUCGGCGUCGUGUCCUCGCCGCAUUGCGUCGCUCGUGAAAAUGUGCACUCAAAACGACGCCAAAACCCGACCAACCGCGUCCGAAGUGCUCCAAUCGCUGCUGGUGUGGGCAGUCGAUGAAGAUGUAGGAAAUAGCAUUUAGCAGUAGUAUUUGUGAACUAAUUAAUUUUAUUCGAUAA